AUGACAAUAUUAUCACUUGUGGGUUUAAGAGUUGUUGAACUUGCAGGUUUAGCUCCUGCACCUUUUGCUGCAAAUGUCAUUAGAGUAGAUGAAUAUUACGAAAAACAAGAAGAGUAUAACAAUAUAGAUGUAUUAGCAAGGUUUUGCAAAAAUCCGAUUGGUAUUGAAAUCUUUAAAAAACUAAUUCGAAAUUCUGAUGUACUGAUCGAACCAUUCCGUCCAGGCAUAAUGGAAAAAUUAGGAUUAGGGCCUGAUGAAUUGUUUGAAAUAAAUGGGAAAUUAAUUUAUGCCAGAUUGACUGGAUUUGGUCAAGAAGGAAAAUAUUCAAAAAUGGCAGGUCAUGAUAUAAACUAUCUUGCUGUAUCUGGUGUAUUAUCGCUCCUCGGACGUAAAGGUGAAAACCCAAUGUUUCCAUUAAAUUUAUUAGCACUAAUUGAAAGAUCAAUUACUGGAAUUGGAAAAAUAAUUGUUGAUUCUUCAAUGGUUGAUGGAGUAAAAUAUUUAGCGACAUUUUCAUAUUUAAUGAAAAAAGGUUCUAGUUCACUGUUUAAUAAUAUGAGAGGUGAAAAUUUGUUGGAUGGUGGUGCUCAUUUUUAUGAAGUUUAUCAAACUAAAGAUAAUAAAUAUAUUGCCGUGUGCACUCAAGACGAAUGGACUGGAAUAUUUCAUAACACUGAUUCAUGUGUCACACCUGUAUUAGAACUCACUGAUUCGCCCUUACCUUUAAAAUCUACUCUAAAUUUAAUAUCAACUGGUAAACAUACUUUGGAAAUUUUACAUGAAAUUGGUUAUGACGAUGAUAAAAUUAUUAAAGAAUUUCAAAAUAAAAAAAUUAUCAAUCGCGUAAUUUUAGAUAAUAAUAAUUCAAAUCAUUAUAUAAUUAAAAGUUAUUUAUAA